ACUCUGCCGACUACAACACCUUGGGUACCACCCUUCUAUUUCGUAUUUCUUAUUGACGCAUCGAACAAGACUACACAUUAUUUCCAGCAAGAGAUAAAUGCUCUAAACAGCAUAACUAAAUAUUGGAAGUUGGAUGGUUCUGGGAAGUUGUUUGUGACUGCAGCGGAUACUGGAUUGAUAUGGAUAGAUCUAGAACAUUUGGACGGUUUUGUUGCGAAGGGAAGCGAUUGGGAUAGGAUUAGAGCACAUUUGAGCAGUAACACACUUUUUAAUAGAGCUAAUUCGCCAAUGUCACCGACCGAGUAA